AUGGUGGAUCAGCCGCCCCGUGGCAAAGGUGAGUCAGGGGUUUUCCAGCCCAAUGGCCCGGGACAGGCAGCAUCGAAGGCCCGGCUGCUUCUGUCGCCAAACCCGGCGAGGCCAGAUCUGUCGCCGACUAGAUCAGAUGCCGGUGCCAGCUCACCUCGCUUGGAGGAAGCGCGGACGUUGCUCUCCAACAUACGUCCAGGCGGUGCUGUGCUAGAGACUGCGAGCAAGGAUCGUGGUCGUCCAUCCCGAAAAGUCCAAUUUGGUGCAGCCGUCAAGGAGAAGUCGUCGUCACCGCGUCCAUCCCCGCGCGAGACGAGAUCUGCCAGGAAACCUGUCGUGGUCCAGCAGCCGCAGCUUCACCUGGCCCCGGGCAACUCAUGCGCGGAGGAGGCGCUCCUGCCUCUCGCUGAGCAUUGUUUGCAUGCCGUGCUGGCCUGGAGAGCAGGCAAAGUGCCUCCACUGGCGCCGGCUGGUGAACCUUGCAGAGAGCAGGGAGGCGACAAUGAGUCCGAGGCCUCGACCCCUCGGCAGGGUGCAAGCGAGUCCCUGGAUGGGGUGCUGACCCUGUUGGGGGCCAGCCUCGACCUCUGCCCUUACGACGAGGAGCCAGGCGAGCAUGGUUCCGCAGCCGAUGGCCCGAACCAGCAGAACGCCAGGGUGCAGGUGUCCGCAGAGAGUCCGUUCAGCCACCAGAGCAUCGGCACUCCCUGCAGUGUGGACAGUUCGAACAGCUCCUCCAGCAAGAACCGCUUUUCUCACAAGCGCUGUCGCACAUAUCCGGCAGCUCAGAGUGAACCCGAGGAGGUCUCCCCCACGUCCAAUGGCACAGCCGACUCACCAGGCUCAGAUUUCGCAGAAGGCAGGUCACGUCGAGGCCUUUUCCGUGGACCUCAUGGGCAAGGUCGCAUCGUGACGGCUUCUCUUCCACCCGGUCGAGAGAGGUCUCGGCGGCUGGAUGGUCGGGAAUUUGAUGUCAUGGGCACUUUGAGCCUGUUCACCCCGCAGCCGACCAGUACAACAUUGGCCACACCUGUUGUGGAGGACAGCACAGCAAGCGCUGAGAAAUGCGACAAUCUUUUCGAGGCUUUCUUGGUUAUUGAUGUCGCAGACACAGAUGAGUCUCAAAAACAGCCAUCGAACAGGGCAAAGAGCCGGCGCAAGACGCGCUUGGCUUCACUUGUCCCAGGACUUGAGAAAAGUGAUGUUCGGAUGAGAUGGCCGACAGAGUCUGGUGCUUUGGAGAGCUUUCUGGUAGAAAAGGGUUUCUGCCCAGGUCCUCUGGACUACCGCUUCAAUGGACAAGCUUUCGUGUUGACGGUGCUGGCACAAGUGCUGAACCCGAAGGCGCAUCCGAGCGAUCUGCUCUUCUGUUGCGUGUGCAGCGAGGACCUGAGAAGUUCGGCCCUCCCAGCAGAUCACCGGCUGCUUGAGAGGGAUGCGGAGGAGCAAGAAGUAUCUCGCAGCCAAGCGCAGAGAGACGACGACGAUAAUAUGAUGCAGCAUAUCCCAGACGGAGGUGUGCUUUGUUUAGUAUCCAAAAUACCCUUUUUUGACUUCAGCUUCACUUUGCUCGAGAUCUUCCGGCAGAAUCUUCAGCAGGCCCCCGCCAUCCUUGAACGCCUGAAUCGGGCUGGGAUGGAGCGUUUGGCCCUGCGCGGAGUCGAUGUGUCGGACCUCCUGCAGACUCCGCGCGUCCUUUGCCUAUCCAAGAUGUCCCAGCAGAUGCCACCGAAGUUGUUGUCUCCAGGCUGUGAGUGGUCUCACUUCAAAAACUUGAGCAAUGCAGAGACGUGCAGCCCUCUGGCCCAUACCUUCGGAAGGUGGACGGUUUGGUGGGGCCUCUUCACGCUGCUCACACGCUGGGGUGAGAAGCUGCUGGAGGUGGUCUUGAAGCUGCUGCCCUGCGUGCUCCUCGAACAGCAGGUGCUGCUGGUCGGUGAUGCGCAGCGAGCAUGUGUGGUGGCUCUACUUCUGCGUGGUUUGCUCUGGCCCUUUCGCUGGCAGCACCCCUUCGUUUGUGCACCACUUCCGCCGGAAGCACUCCGAGAGCUGCCACUUCUGGAAGCCACGAUGCCGAUGAUCAUGGCCUUCGGGGAGAUGCCAAUGCUGAGCCACUUCUGGGGCUACGACACGGUGUACCGGCUACCCCCAAGCAUCGUUGCGGGCGUUCUCCGCAACGAGUGGGUAUACAUCAGCGACAAGCUGGAGACUGUUGGUGGUUUAUCAGGCAGCAGCAUCAAACUCCCAAGCUUUGUGCAGACGGCACUGCGGAAUGAAAUAAAGGAGGCCAGACGCAGCUUCCGCCAGUCUUCACAGAAGCUCCAGGCAUUGCUGGAGAUUGUUCCGAAGGUUCACGAGGCAGUGGAGGUGGCCAUGCACAAGCUGGCUGAUUUGGUGAAGAGCUAUGCCAAGAGUCAAGUGGCAGAGCUGCAGAACGAGGUGGGCUCAUCCAACGAGGAGCUUUGCGAGAAAUGUUACCAGAGGGCACUCAAGGUCGAAAGGUUUGUGCAGUGGCUUUGGGCCAAUCAAGAUGCUUACGGAUGCCCGGAGCCCGUGGGGUUCUACACGACCUUCUUGCAGACUCAGUGCUUCAUGAGUUUGUUGUUCGAGGACCUCGGGACAGAACAUGACCCCGGGUUUCAGCCCUGUCGAGAGGUAGCUGAAUACUCCCCAUUGCUUGCCUGUAGCCCCCAUGCUGCUUCCCAUGCCUGCAAGAAGACGAUGCCCGUGUCAUGUUUGCAAGAGUGGCGGGGCCGGGACGGCACUCUACCCAAUGAAGCGGUCUGA